AUGUCUGAAGGAAACAUCACCACUGUGAAGAACUUUAUAAUUGUAGGUUUUCCUGGACUUCACACCAACUAUUACGGCAUUGUAUCUGCCAUUAUGUUCCUUGUUUAUAUGUGCAUCUUGAUAGGAAAUGGAAUAUUUCUUAAAUUAUUUUCCAGUGAAAAAUGUCUUAGAAAACCAAUGUAUUAUAUCAUCUUAAAUCUAGUUGUAUGUGAUGUACUAUUCAGCACUACCACAUUACCAAAGAUUAUUGCUAGGUAUUGGUUCAAUGAUGGAGGCAUCUCGUUUUUAGGCUGCUUUAUUCAGAUGUAUUUUGUGCAUUAUUUAAGUUCAGUUAACUCAUUUGUACUAGGCAUAAUGGCAUUUGAUAGAUAUGUAGCAGUCUGCAAUCCACUCAGGUAUACUAGUAUUGUCAAAGACUCCACUAUCUUUAUUUUAUGUAUAAUAGCCUGGCUGUUGGCUGAGCCAUGUGUCUUAAUGAUGGUAAUUAGGACAUACCCUCUUCCUUACUGUAGUGCUAACACAAUUAUCAAUUGUUACUGUGAUCAUGUAUCUAUCACAAAACUUGCAUGCACUGACAGAACCCCCUAUGGUUUUCCAGCAUUUGUUUUUGCGAUGGUUGUGUUGCUUUGCCCUUUGGCUUUUAUUUUGUUUUCCUAUAGCGCUAUUAUUUUGGCCAUCCUUCGAAUCUCAACUCCUCAUGGACGGCUGAAGACUCUGUCCACCUGCAGCUCUCAGCUGAUCAUAAUUGCCCUCUUCUUUCUACCCAGGUGUUUUAAUUAUUUAUCUCCUUACAUUGGUAUCACCUUCAGUCCUGACAUACAAAUACUAGUUAUUCUGUUAUACAGCCUGCUGCCACCCAUGAUCAAUCCACUCAUCUACUGUAUAAGGACCAAAGAAGUGAAAAAAAUCUUAAGCAAGAAUUUAGCCAGUUCAUUUUUGUUUCAAUUUGUUAAACAAAAGGUGCAUAUAUCUACUAUAUGCAAUUGA